AUGACAAAUGCCACUCAUCCUAUAGAUUACGAUCUUGAAGAACCAUUAACAUCAAAUGCUAGACCACUCACUAACGUCACUCUAACAAUUAGGCUAAUCAAAUCAUUCCCGUAUAGAAACGUCAAGAAUAUAAUCUUACAAAAUUAUAAUUUAGAAACAAAAACAGCUCAUGAUUUAUUUGAAGAUGUCUUAAAGCGUGUCCAAACAGAGGGUUCAUUAAGGCCCUAUCGUAAUGUAAAUUACGACACUAUGAAAAUCUAUACUCAUGCCCAUAAAUCCAAAACUAUUAAUUUGGUUAUAAAUUUUGAUCAUGAUGAAGAUUGGACUUUGGAUGUUGAAAACGCCAAUGGUAAGAAAUUGUCUGAAUAUGAUAUUGAAAAUGAGACUGAAAUUUCUUUAUUCAACAAUAAAGAUUAUAUAGAAUUCAAAGCAAAUCCAAUUGAAAAGUGGUUAUAA